AUGAAGUACAUGCACGUUGUCCUUUGCGGAAUUAGGCCACAAAUCGAGCUCUAUGCCCUUCACGCCAUUUUCGAGAGCUUUAACGAUCGGGAUUUCGCUGCAGUCACUGCUGAGCUGGUUUCCAGUGACGUGGACACGGACCGUGGGACAAACGGGGCCAUUGAGGUCGUCCUGAAAGAGGUAAUAGAAGAAGUCCUCGAGCGUGAAGUGGUGGUGGUGGCGCCUCGAGUCCGAGUGGUGACGGUGGCUGAAAACCGCCUGCAUCACGGCAUCCACUUGGCUGGUGGUGCACGCCACGUCAUGCUGGUGGUCCACCAUGAACCGGUGGAGCUGAUAGGCCGUCAUGUGAUCGGAACCCUCCGCAUACCGCCAGAACGCCUCCCGCACGUCCGGCGGCGGCUCCGACUCGCUGAUCUUGAACUUCCGGUUGAAACAACCGAACAUCUUCUCUAUUGCAUUUGCAUUUGUGCAGGAACGAUCUCUGUAAUAAAAUGGAUCAUCAUUGUCAUAAAUUGGGAAAGAGGAAAAGAAAGGGAUUGA